UUCAUUAACUUGGAUAUUGUUUUUUCGUGUUUGUUUUAUAUAUUAAUAAUCAGGAAUAUACUUUUAUUAUGUUACUACAGUCUUUUUUUGGUAAUUGGUUUAACUCUAGUUGAUUUGGUAAAUAAUUUGUGUUAUGUUUAUGAAUACGUUUUAUGCUUUAAACUGUGGUGUGCUUGUGUAGGUUAUACUGGAAAAAAAAAACGUACACAAAUAGGAAGACAAAAGUAAAGAACAGUGUAAAAUGUAUGAAUAUGUGUUUACACUCUUGAAGACAUGCGGAUAAAUAUCUACCGAGCUAUCCCAUCAGGAAGGGGUCAAGGGGAGCGUCGGUGGGACCGGAAAUAGCGGAACCUUCCACAAGGUCUUGGUCGACAGCGAAUACAGCUUCCCUGAUCUGGUACAUCCGGUGCUCAACGAUCCACCGGAUGUUAGCGCAAAGAUCACUGACGAGGUUAUUUAUGAGUCAACUGUUGAUCCAGAAGCGAAUCCUGAAUUAACAGAAACUGAGAGCAAGGGAACGGAAGAGAAAGAAACGAAGCAGAAAAACGAGGUUGAUGAAGAGGACGACGAAGUUUUCGAGAAAUGUAAGGCUCUAAUCACAGAAGCCGCAGAAAGAGCCGUAAAGAGAUCCAUAGGUGGCUCAGUCAGCAGAAAUUCUCAGUCAGAACUGGUCACGGAUAUUGACGCUGCAGAGGUAGAAGACUCUACUGAGACGGUCCAAGUUCUGGAGCAAACGAGUAAGACAGAAGUAACGACUUUAGAAUCUGUUGUAGCGCUUUAUAGCGACAUAGAAGCGAGCGAAGAGAAAGCUGCUAUCGAUAAAGUGACAGAAUCUGAGCUUAACAAAGGCGUGGAAAUAAAAGAUGAAACUGGUACAAAUGUAAAUGUUGAUACUUCCAAAGUUGAAGGCAAGAUAAAAAAGGGUAAGGGUAAAUCAAAAAAGAUAAAAGGGAAAGUGGAUGAUACUAUCAAGACAAGCAGAAAGUCGGAGAAAAGGGGAUCGAAGACAAACGUGUUUUCCAACAUGUUCAAAUUUAGCAAGAAAAAAAGUUCGGGUUCUGACGUUGUUGUUGCAGAUAUGAAUGGUAAAGAAGCAACAGAUGUGAUCGAGUCUACAUGUGUAAAAGAGAACGGGGAUUCAUCAAAUCUGACCACUUGUUCAUCUCUUAAUAAUUCUCCCGAUCUCGAGCAUGACGUAAAGAGACUUAACUCUUUAGACAGUGGAAUUGUUGUUGAAAAGGGUUGCGAUAACCCGGUCGCAAAUGUUGAAUAUGCUAUUCCUCAGAAGAAAGAGAUUAAACAGCAUGAUGAAAAUUCAGACAGAGAAACCGUCAACGGAAAGAUUGAGGCGAAUGAGAGUGAUGAUGACCUUGGAAAGGUAAUAGGACAAAGGCUUGCUGAGCCCAUUUAUAUAAAUGGGGAUAAAGAUGAUGAAGAUUUUGUGUACAUCAACGAGAGAGCGGUAGAUGUAGGCAAUCUCUCAAAAUCUGAGUGUUCAAUAGUUGAGGCGGUUGAGAACGGUCCUGAUGGUAUAAACUAUUCUAGCAUCGGUAACGAUCAGGCAGCGAAAGAAGAUAGUAAGUCAAACGCAUCUUCUGAUUCUGGGACAGGAAUGAACUCGAAAAUACAGUACGUAGACAAACCGGAAAAUCCAACCGGGGCAAAAUUGAAGAAGAAAAGUUGGUCUUUUCAGUUUGGCAGGAAGAAGUCCACUGACAGGGAAAAGACCACAGCUAAUAAGGACCAUGAUGAAGUUGAUGGUUCGCCAAAAGAGCAUAAAAAGCAAAAAUGGCGCUUCGGAAAAUUUUCAUUAAAAAAGUCAUCGGAAAUAACUGCCUCGACUCCUAACCUCAACAAACCGUCUCUACCGGACGAGACGAUUGCAGAAGAGGAAGAAGAAAAGAAAGAAGAGCCGGUCGGAAUUCGGCAGAAGAAGCGGAAGUCGUCGGCGUUUCAGAUGAUAAAGGCGAGAAUCAGCAGAACAUUCAGCGAUGCUGGCGCCCGCGAGAGACUCGACAGACGCAGCCACUCCUUGGCCGACCUUUCGACGUCAGACGACACGGCGAAUAAAAGGCGCAGUAUCGUCGAGAGCGAACCUGACCUGCCGGACUCUGAAGCUUUCGACGGGGUUUCCCUCUCGGACAUGUCAAAUGAUGAAGAUGUUGCAACGCCGAACGAAGAUAAACAAGCAAGUCCAAAACCUGCGAAAAGGCGUAAGAAGGCAACGAAGACAGCAAAGGCUGCUAAAACAGCUAAAACUACACUUGAGCCAAACGAACAAGAUAAAACCAAACAGACGUCGUCAAACGGAACUUCCAGUAAUAUAAUGAUAUCUUCUGUCGAAAACACAAACGCCGCAAACAUUGAACUAGAACUCGAAGAAAAGAUCAAAAAUCCCAUCGUUGAGAUUAAAACAAACACAAUUCCUAAAAUCAAAAUUGUUACAGAACAAUCAGAUGGCACAUAUAAGGAACUGGCCGAAGAUGACGAAUACGUAAAGAUCGCCGAAACAGCAUUGCUUACAACAUCAGUUAAGCCAAUUAUUGCCGACACGAAAACAGUAGAACCCGUCUGCGAUGAUUAUUCUAAUGUCUGUAAGAGACCUAACGAACAUAAUUCAAUGUGCGAACAAAUUUCAACAGAAUCAAAGGCGUUUGAUUAUGUUCAACAAAUUUUGACCAAUGCUAUUGAUAUUUUAAAAGCUGAAAAUCUAACUGAACCCCGAAGUGAAAUCGUUGGCGAAGACGCUGUAAAUGAACCCGAAAUAAAACCUGAAACAAAAGCAUCGGUUAAAGCCGAUUUAUUAUUACACACCGUGUUGUCAAAAGAGCAGCCCAACAGCGAUUCAUCGGAGGAUAAAAUAAAUGACAUACAUGUUGAGUUGGUGAGCUCUGCAAACAGUGAACAGGGUGUUUUUACUGAUGAGGCGACUGUGGUGAAACAAAGUACUUGCGAAGAAUUAAACAAAGGUAUUUCAUCUAAUGGAUCGAACGCAGAGGAAGUUCAGUUAUCACUGAAAGAAAAUGGAGCUUUGUUUGAGCGAGUGGUAUGCAGAAAAGAACGUUCGAUUAGUAUUGACGAAGAACCUGACACUAAAGAACGUGCAAUGAGUUUUGAAGAGGAAGCUAAGUAUGUGUCUGAAUUAAAUGUGACAUUAAACUCAACUCCUUCGACACCCACCACCGAUAUGGCGAUGCGGUUAGAAGUGAAUGUAGGUAAAGAUAUCAACAUUCCAGCUGGUAAGAAGAUCGUGCUGAUGAAAGAGAUGGCUGUGCAGGUUCCAGACGACAGUGUGCCACUAGAUUUAGAGAAGGAUUUAGGGUUUACUGACCAUGUUGCAUGUACAGUGAGUGUAGGAGUCCAGGCGGGGUCAAGUUAGUGGGACAUAAUUCUAUCGGCAAAGAGACAGAAUUGCACGGUGAAGAGGCAGAUGUUAAAUUGAUGUUUGUUCAACAAUAUGUUGUUAACUUGCUGGCGAAUUGUGAAAUCAAUUUUGCUGAAAACGAAGCGAUAGCGAAUGAACAACAAAUAUACCUGUUAAAUUGA